AUGAAUCCGAAGAUUUCUGAUUUUGGAAUGGCGAGAAGUUUUGGCGGGAACGAGACUGAAGCUAAGACUCGCCGUGUUGUUGGAACAUAUGGUUACAUGUCUCCGGAAUAUGCGAUAGACGGCCUAUUCUCAAUAAAAUCGGACGUGUUUAGCUUUGGCGUCCUAGUGCUCGAAAUCGUGAGUGGCAAGAGAAAUCGAGGAUUUUCGCACAGCGAUAGCAAUCUCAACCUUCUUGGACACGCGUGGACGCUCUAUAAAGAAGGGAGAUCGAUAGAUCUAGUGGACUCUUCUAUAGGAGACUCGUUUUACUUGGCGGAAGUGACGAGAUCGAUUCACGUUGCUUUGUUGUGCGUGCAACAAAACGUCGAAGAUAGGCCGAACAUGUCGUCCGUGGUUUUGAUGUUGGGAAACGAAGGCGUGUUAGCUCAAGCGAAGCAGCCCGGUUUUUUCAUGGAGAGAGAUGUUCUUGCCGGUCAAAGCUCGACUAGCACAAAUCCCGCAAGUUCGACGAAUGACGUCACCAUCACAAUGCCGGAGGGUAGAUAA